UUCAUCGGCUGGCUCGUCUACAAGCACUUCUGCAAGCCCAUCCGCUUCUGACUACCAACCACCCCCGCCAUCCUCGAUCAUCUCGGAAACAAUCUAUACAUACUCAGACUACACCACAUGGUCCGUGCCAUCCGAUGCACCCUUCACCACCACGGUGGAUAUCACAUCCGAGUACCCGGAAACCCCAGUCCCAAGCUCAAGCUCGUUCUCGUUCUCCAUCCUUCCUCCAUCCCCGACCCCAUCAUCCAGCUCCACCCUGGUGACAACAAACACCGAUGCUGUGCCCACGAGCUACUCAGCCUCUUCCUCUUCGUCUUGGCACCCGGCAUCUGAAUCUGGGGAUGGCAUCACUAUUUCCUCCGUGAACCCGUCGACCUUUUCGACGGUCACACUGACGACGGUCACUACGGUGGUGAGUAGCACGAUCAACGAUGCGGAGUCUUCAACCACGAGCGAGGCGCUGGACAGCAAGACAGACGGAUAUGUGCCGCCAACGCCGACGUAUGAUCCGAGGGCUGAGAGGGUCAGACGGGGAAUGUCGAUCGCUCCAGGUGCCUCAUCUCUCGUCUCCAUCCGACAGGCUUUCUCCACUCCUCGGACCGCGAAGACUGGUUUGAGGCGAGGCGGGGUGAUGAUAGACGACUCGAUCCAUAAAGCAAAAACACAGAGUAAUACAAAUGACACUUCAUAGCAUUUUCUAAUAUUCGCUUCUCGACGUUCCUUUCUCGCUCCGUGUGCGGAUGCCCGACUGGCUGGCUG